ACGACAAAUAGCAAGCUUCCACCGAGGUGACUUCGCUUUCCUCAGUGUUUCAGAGAACCCAUUUUCAAGCCUGCGUUCUCUUUUCCAACCUCAAAAUAACGACAGAGUCGCAGAGAAUUUUCUUGCUUCAUUGCUUCUUCUGUUUUUAACUACCUCUGGUCCACAAACUACAGUAUCAGCAUUAUUACUGUAAUAAUGAUUCGUAAUAUUCAUCUAUACCGCCCCAUAAUGACUCAUAGCCUAGUCUACUAAAGAAACCAAAAGAAAACAAAACAAGAAAGACCCAUUUUUUUUAGUUUCUUGAAAUUAAAAAAGAGUUUGUGUUCUUCACUUCUUUGAAGUUUCUGCUUUUAUGGACUUCAACUACUUCUGGGUUGUCUUCAUCUUGUUCUCCAUCCUCUCCAUAAAUGUUCUCUGCUAUGGUCAAGAUGGUUUCUUAAGCUUAUCUUGUGGUGCUGCUACAAAUUUCAUUGAUUCAUCAAACAUUUCUUGGAUUCCUGAUACUGAAUAUAUAAGCACAGGAAACACAACCACCAUUGAUUUCACUGAAGGCACCUCUUUGACAACUGUCCCUAUCCGUUAUUUCCCAUAUACUGAUAAAUCUCGAAAAUGUUAUAAGCUGCCAUUGAAAAAUACAUCCUCUGUAGUAUUAAUUAGAGCUCAAUUUGUUUACAAGAAUUAUGAUACACUUGAAAAGCCACCUGCUUUCUCUGUUUCGCUUGACACAGCCAUUACUAGUACUGUAAAUCUUAGUACAAGUGAUCCAUGGACAGAAGAAUUUGUAUGGUCAGCUAAUAAAGAUACAGUUUCUUUCUGUUUACUUGCCAUUCCAAAUGGUGGAUCUCCCGUCAUUUCAUCAAUCGAAAUCCGGCCACUUCCUCGAGGAGCUUAUAAGGAUGCCAUUGGAGAGUUGCCUAAUAAGUCACUUAGAAAGUCUUAUAGAAUCAAUAGUGGUACUAAUGGUACCAUAAGGUAUCCUUUGGAUCCAUUUGAUAGAAUAUGGGAUGCAGAUCAAAACUACACACCGUUUCAUGUGUCGAGUGGAUUCAACAAGCUACUUAGCUUCUCCAACUUGUCAAGUGUUAGGGAGAAUCCUCCAGUUUCUGUUCUGCAGACUGCAAGAGUUCUUGCAAGAAGACAUGUUUUAACUUACAAUCUUGUUCUUGAUACAUUAGCAGACUACUACAUUGUCCUUUACUUUGCUGGGAUUCUUCCUGUCUCUCCUUCUUUUGAUGUUCUUAUCAAUGGAGAUAUUGCUGAAUCUGAUUAUACUGUGAAAAUGUCUGAAGCUAGUGCUCUUUACUUGACUCGAAAAGGAAUCAAGAACUUGAACAUUACACUGAGAAGUAUAACAUUCUAUCCACAAAUCAAUGGCAUUGAAGUGUACCAGAUUGUUGACAUUCCAUUAGAAGCUUCCUCAACCACAGUGUCAGCACUUCAAGUUAUUCAACAGAGAGCUGGGUUGGACCUUGGAUGGGAAGAUGACCCAUGUUCUCCAAUAUCUUGGGACCAUAUUGGAUGUGAAGGAAGCUUAGUCACAUCACUGGAGCUUUCAGACAUCAAUUUGAGGUCAAUUAGUCCAACAUUUGGUGAUUUAUUGGACCUCAAAAAACUGGAUUUGCAUAACACUUCACUUGCUGGAGAAAUACAGAAUUUGGGAAGUCUCCAACAUCUUGAGAAGCUGAACUUGAGUUUUAAUCAGAUAACAUCCUUUGGAACUGAAUUGGAGACUUUGGUUAGCCUUCAGAUUUUGGACCUGCAAAAUAAUAGUUUACAAGGAACAGUUCCUGAUGACUUAGGAGAGCUGGAGAACCUUCAUCUACUAAACCUGGAAAACAAUAAACUGCAAGGCACUCUCCCACAUUCUUUGAACAGAGAUAGUUUAGAAGUCAGGACAUCAGGGAAUCCAUGUCUUUCCUUCUAUACAAUGUCCUGCAAUGAUGUUUCAUCUAAUCCUUCAAUCGAGACUCCACAAGUUACAAUCUUUGCCAAGAAAAAGCCUAAGAACAAUCAUACGGCAAUUAUUCUUGGUGCAGCUGUGGGGACUAUACUAGCUGUUCUGGUCAUAUCUCUAUCAGCAUACUUGUACACUAAGAAACAAAAUACCGAAGUUACACAUACAGACAGGACUGCAAUGGAUAUGCGAAAAUGGAAUGCUGCAAAAAUCUUUUCCUACAAAGAAAUCAAAGCAGCGACAAACAACUUUAAGGAAGUUAUUGGCCGUGGCAGUUUUGGUUCUGUUUACCUUGGAAAGCUCUCAGAUGGUAAACUUGUAGCUGUAAAAGUGCGGUUCGACAAGACUCAACUUGGGGCUGAUUCUUUUAUUAAUGAGGUGUAUUUGCUGUCACGGAUUCGUCACCAGAAUCUUGUAUGCUUGGAAGGAUUCUGUUAUGAAUCAAAGCAACAAAUACUAGUUUAUGAGUACCUACCUGGUGGAUCAUUAGCUGAACAUCUUUACGGUCUCAACAGUCAGAAAGUCUCGUUAAGCUGGGUUCGCAGACUGAAAAUUGCUGUUGAUGCUGCUAAAGGAUUGGACUAUUUACAUAAUGGGAGCGAACCGCGAAUAAUACACCGUGACGUGAAAUGCAGCAACAUUUUAUUAGACAAGGACAUGAAUGCCAAAGUCUGUGAUUUUGGCCUUUCUAAACAAGUAAUGCAGGCAGAUGCAACUCAUGUGACUACUGUUGUCAAAGGCACCGCUGGCUACCUUGAUCCUGAGUACUAUUCGACCCAACAACUUACAGAGAAAAGCGAUGUGUAUAGCUUUGGGGUUGUUCUUCUGGAGCUCAUUUGCGGGCGAGAGCCAUUGCGUCACUCAGGAACUCCAGAUUCUUUCAACUUGGUUUUAUGGGCCAAGCCCUACUUGCAGGCAGGAGCAUUUCAGAUAGUGGAUGAUAGUUUAAAGGGAACUUUUGAUUUGGAAAGCAUGAGAAAAGCAGCGACAGUAGCUGUAAGGUCAGUAGAGAGAGAUGCUUCACAAAGACCUAAUAUUGCAGAAGUAUUAGCAGAACUUAAAGAAGCCUACACUAUUCAGCUAUCAUAUCUAGCAGCUUGCGACAUGUAAAUCGCUUUCGAGAUCAAUAUGAAUCAAAGUUUGUGCUAAAGGGCAACGUUUUUGGAGCAAUUUGAAGAAAAAAAAAGCUCUUAUGGAUGAUAUCAAAGUAAUAUAAAUUAUUCAGCAAGUCAUUCAGACAGAAGUAUAGAAUUAUACAUUUACAUGUAUCUAUUCCGUGAACGGAAAGAAAGAAAAUUUUGUUUUAUGCAAAAUACUUGCCAAGAUGAGUAUUUAGUGCCAUUUUUCAGAUA